CCCCAGAUACACGCUUAAUCUUCGAAAUGGCGCAGACUGGAACGUACCGCGAAGAAUUAGAAAAUGAACUCAAACAAACAGACCCAAAUUCGCAUUCAAAUAGGCUAAUUGCACAAGAAAUAGACAGAUUAACUAAGGGUGAAGAUGAUAAAAAAGAAAGACCUGCUGUUCCUAUGUAUGAGUUGCACAAUGACAGACAGCAGAGAUGUUCCUUAAAAAUUAAAAUUCCAAUAAAAGAACAUCCAAAAUACAAUUUUGUUGGGAAAUUGUUAGGACCCAAAGGCCAGACUCUUAAAGCUCUACAAGAUCAAACGGGCUGUAAAAUGGCUAUUAUGGGGAAAGGUUCAAUGAGGGAAAAGGAGAAAGAAGAAGAACUACGAAAGGAAGGUGGGAAAUAUGCACAUUUAAAUGAAGAUCUGCAUGUACUUGUUGAAUGUUUCACUGAUGUCACUGAUGGUUACCACAGGCUUGCGGCUGCAUUGCUAGAAUUAAGGAAAUUUGUCAUUCCUGAUCUUGCUGAUGAGAUGUAUGGUGGUGGUGAUAUGGGCAUAGAAGAAAUAGGGAUGAAUGGAGGUGGUGCCCCCAGAGGUCGUGGAGCUUACAGAGGUGCCCCUCCAGAAAGAGGUGGUCGUGGUGCAUUUAGAGGUCGUGGAAAUGGGCCGGCUCCCCCACCACCAGCUGGAAGAGGUGGCCCACCACCUGCCACUAGAGGCGCACCUCCACCAAGAGGAGCUCCCAGGGGUGCACCAUCUUCUAGGGGAGCACCUCCCUCAAGAGGAGCCCCGUCUAGAGGAGCACGUGUGGCUGCUCCUUCUGCAUCAUAUGAUGGAUACAGUUCACAGGGCUAUGGAUCUGGCUAUGGUACAAGCUACGACUCAUCUUAUGAUGAAGGUUAUGGGCAAAGCUAUUCAGCAGGCCAAGAUGCAGCUUAUUAUGACUAUGGGGGCCCUUCUGCAACUUCAUCAGCUGCCUACGAUUCAUAUGGUAGUGCAGGUGGAUAUGGGGAUUAUGCAGAUAGUUGGGGCACCACUGGAGGUAAAGCUCCCCCACCAUCUUCCCGGGGAGCUGCUAGAGCACCUGCACGAUCUCACCCAUAUUCCCGUGCUCCCCAAGGUGGAGGAUACUGAACCUUCUGAGUUGUGAUACAACUGACUUCUUGUGCUCUACCACUGCCCUGGCAAGAUAGGUUCGCAGAAUGCUUGUUUUAUAUUAUUGACAUUGGCUGAUGUUAAUAAUUAGCUAAUAUGCUAUUGACUGUGCCAGAUAUAACCUGAACUUUAUUAAUUGCUGCAAGGUUGUUAACUAAAAGGUCAUGUAUAUAUGUAGUUAUUAAAACAAGGGGUUGGACAUUUAAGCUGCUCCCAGUGUAAUUCUUGUUAGAUAAUGAAAUUAGUUAUCACUCUCCAUUUUAAAUUUUGUAUGUAAUAGUUUUACAAAACUAAUUUUAUUCAUAAAUGUCAACUUUUUUACGGAAUGAUCAUCCAGUUUAUAGUUGUAUUAUAAUUUUAAUGUGUUGUUAACUUUUACAAAUAAAUGCUAUUGUCCCUUCAUUGUUGUACUUCAUAAUGGAUGAUUUUAGGUCUGAAUUUUAAGCCCGUUAGGAAGCUGCACUGGUUUUUGUUUUUAAAAACACAUGAUCUAAUUAGUCAUAAUGUUUUAACGUUAUAAAAAGAAUCACAGAUUUAUCAGAAGUAGCCUACCUUUAAAAAUGGCAGUUGAUAGUCAAAAUCUAAGUCAAUGUGUACUUUACACUGAUAGAGUAUUCAUGUUCUUGAAGUUAAAAGCAGUAUCUAUGGCAACCAUUAGUUAGGUUGCUGGUGGUGCUUCUAUAAUUUUAUCUGGCUUUUAUUUUAGUGUUUUUAAUAAAUAUUCUUUUUAACUUGAGUAAUUAUUUUGAUAUUGUCUAGCUUUUAAAACCAUCUUUUGAUGGCUGAAAUCUUCAUUCUUAAAUACUGAUCUAGGUCAUAAAAUUGAGAAUAAAACAGGUAUGUCACAUAGGUCAAUAGCAUAAAAUCUUCUAGCACUUACAAUUUUUCCGCUAUAAAAACCUUUAAUAAUAAAAAUAUGCUAGUUAUUUUAAUGUGUUCUUAAAAUUAAAAACAUUUCUAUUUUUUGGGCAUUAUUGUUAUGAAUUUAAGUGCAAUAGUGUUUCCUGGGAAAAUUGAAAAUCGUCUUUUAUUUUAAUCCUUAUUCAACAUUAAGUCAUUGUUUCUACAUGCAAAUACAAAUUUCUUGUCAAUUAAAACCUAUCUAAAGUAGGUAAAUUAAGAAUUAAAACUUAAGUAUUCUGAAUUCUUUCCCUAAUUUGUAACAUUUAUUCAUUGAAUAAAAAUUAUAAUUAAGACUUAACAAGUAGUUGACUUUUAUGAUGAAGCUCUAAAGAUCAAUCUAGUGUUGUCACUGUAAUUAAAAUGUUUAUACUUUGUAUUAAAAGUUUAAGUUAAACACAGUAAUUAUAUUGUAUUUGGUCAUAGUUAAAAGUAUACACUUAAAAUGUAAGGAGACAUACUCAUUUUUAUUGCAAUUUUAGAGAUGAACUAGUGAUUAAAAAUUAUCUAAUGUUCAGUAAAUUGUCACUAGUUUAAACUCCUGUCUUAAAUUGUCCAUAACUGCUGAAUUAUAAGAAAUUCUGCUCAUUAGAGAGGUAUUGAAUUUUCAAGUAAAUUACCAGAUGUGAAUUAAAUUGCUAUAUACUGAACAAACCUAAACAAAAUAAAAAAUAGAUCUUGGUGAUGAUUUUGUAUGUUCACACUUAAGCAAAGUCUUUUAUUCAAAUGCUAAAUUAUUGGGGGUCACAAUGGCCCGAGCAAAAACUGCAAGCUGUAGCAAAGCAAUUGACCAGUCAGUGCACCCCAUGAAGAGCAGAAUUAAACCCUGAAAUAAAAGCUAUCCUGAAAUGCAGCUUUUAAACUUAAUGGGUUAAAUGCCCUUAAAUUAAAAGCAAAGGUGAAAAUCACUAUCAG